AUGGAUAUUCCAGAACUCCCCCGUAGGUUAUACACAUCAGGGGAAGAGCCAGAAGCCCACAAUAGCAUUUCGUAUCAUACGGAUAACAGCAAGUUGCAUACUGCUCUUAGGAAAGCUCUUACUGAUGACGAAUUUGAAGAGCUCAAGGAGUCGAGUUUGGGAGUUUUCAUCAAGUUCAAGGAGCAGGGAUUUGGUUGGGCUUCAAGGCUGGUUCACUACAUGCUCAGUUUCAAGCUGGACAUUAAGAAGAAGUAUGAGAUGUGGUCUCUCGUUGGUCCAGAACCUUUGAGGUUUUCACUGUUAGAGUUUGAAAACCUCACUGGUCUAAACUGCGAGUACAUCGAGGACCUUGAGACACCAAAAUGUGACGUUACCCCAGAGAUGGUUUCUUUCUGGGGGAUGCUGGGAGUUCAUCUGGAAGCUGGGCCAACUACUGAUCAGAUAAUAGCAGCACUGAAGAGAUGCGGGGAUUGGUCCAGGGAAGAUCGCAAGCGGCUCGCGUACCUCUCCAUCUUCACUGGAUUCAUUGAAGGGAGAAAGUUUUCAACCGCUACACGAUCUACUCUGGCAAGGCUAGUGAUGGAUUUAGAACGGUUUGAGAAUUAUCCAUGGGGGAGAGUCGCGUUUAAGGUGCUGAUGGACUCUUUGUGGAACAAAGAAAUUGCUGGCUGUUACACCGUGGAUGGGUUUAUACAAGUUCUUCAGGUCUGGACGUACACAGCUAUGCCGGAAUUGGGUGCUAGUAUUGGUGGUCCCAGAGCAGACAGUCCGUCUCCACCGAUACUGGCUUACGAGGGCAGCAGAGGCCGCAGAUCAAUGAAAGCUGCUAUCUUGAGUCAGACCCGCGUGAUCAACUUUGUUGAGAAGGACAUUAGUGAAAUGUGGCCAAAAUGGGACUCUGAGGUUGAGGACCUGCCCGCGGAGAACAUCAUUAAAGUCAUGUAUGAGCGGAGACCGUGGAAGUGGACCAUGGAUUGCUGGGAAGUCACUGGUACUAAGGUCAAUACAAAACCUAAGGUUGUGACUCCAUCGAAGAAGGCCAAAGAGAUGGUUGUGUUGGAGGAGGAGGAGGAGGAGGAGGAGGAAGACAAUCCAAGACCUCGGAAGAAAGCUCGUAAAGAGGCUCCUAAAGUGGCUAGUGAAGAGGCUAGAGAAGAGGCUAGAGGGGUGACCAGAGAGGAGUUGGAAAUUAUGUUCAAGGGCAAGAAGGUUGGUGUCACCAAUCAGGCUACCCCUCCACCUCUAACCAAUCAGGCUACCCCUCAAGAUAAACAGCCUACCCCUCUUGCCAAAGAAACCGGGGGUAGAAACAAACAGGCUACCCCUCAUGCCAAUGAAACCGUGGUUAGUAACCAGCCUCCUCCUCAUCAAACCAAACAGCAGCCUCCUCCUCCUCAAAAGAAACAGCAGCAGCCUCCUCCUCCUCAAAAGAAACAGCCUCCUCCUCAAAAGAAACAGCCUCCUCAAAUCAAAGAGAGAUGGUUGCCGGAGGAUACAGCAACCGAGGCGAACUCGGUAAAUAAGAUCUUGCCGGAGGAUAAAGCAGAUGGUGUCACCUCCAAAGAGAUUGUUGCUGUCACUUCCACCGAUCACCAACCGAGCCUCGCUUCCACCGAUCAACAACCGAGCCUCGCUUCCACCGAGCCAAGCGAUCCAGUUUCAGAACCGAGCCUGGUUGUAUUGGACAAGCGUGCAAAGAGUAAACGAGCGAAGAAACCUGCUCCCACUGUGAGAUCUCCUUAUACGGCAGAGAAAAAAAAAGAUAAAGUGGCAGCCUAUAAUCCAUUUCCGCCAGUAAACAAAGAUAAGUUGAAGGAACUCGCUGAUUGGUUGAAAACUGAUCCUCAUUAUUUAACUAAGACCGAGGACAAACCACGUACAUCACCAACAAGGUGGUACCACUUCCUCCGGACAGCCAGAGGAUGGCUGGAAGACUGCCAUAUAGAUGCUUGGAUUAAUGUGCUAAGGCAGAGGUAUCAGGAGAACCCACAAGCUUUCAGGAGCGAGCGAAUGUGCUUCCUGGAUCACAACUUUUCCCAGUCUUGGAGAGAGCAGUAUCAGCUCUUCAAAACAUCGGAACCUGAUCACAAAGGUUUAGGAAGAGUUCUACCUGGUGGGGCGUCGAAUUUUUAUGACGGAUCAAUACCUUCAUUUUGCCAAUCAAACAAGAAGUGGGGGGAGGACAUUGAUGAUAUCUAUGCGCCAGUGAACUUGGACGACAAGCAUUGGGUUGCUAUUUGGAUAUCGAUCCCUAAGAGGCACAUAGUCGUCUGGGACAGCAUACCUUCAUCUAGUGUACCAGACGCAUGGGAUGCGAUAAUGGAGCCUUUUCUCCAGAUGGUCCCUUAUCUGCUUGUUGAGUGCGCAGCCACCGACGAAAUACGGGUCAAAUACGGGUUGGAGCCAUACACAUAUGAGAGACCGCUGAAAGGUGUACCCACGGCCAACAAUGGUGAUUGUGGCGUGUACGCUGUAAAGUACAUUGAAUGUCAUGCUCUCGGGGUCUCCUUUGACCCUAAAGACUUUGCUAGGUGCAACGCGAAGAAAAUGAGGGAUAAUAUGGCGGUGGAUAUAUGGAAGGAGCUUGUUGAUCAGCAUCUGAAAGAAAAUGUGGAUGGUGAUAAGUUCGUGGGCAUG